ACAAGGACUUGGAUACUAAAUGAUUAAAUUCAAAUUCUAUGGUAGUAGAAAAUUCUAUGGUAGCAUAUGAAAAUAUGAUUUUACAUUAUGAAUAACUGAUAUCGCCUUACAUAUUUUCCUUGGUGGGAUAUUGCUAGUGUAGCAUUGCUAUCUCACAUCUUAGACUCCUGAGCAUUCGAGCCGAGUUUUACAUGUUCGCCAUGUGUCCAUGUGGGUUUCCUCCUGGUUCUCUGGUUUUCUCCCACAUCCCAAAAACAUGCUGUCAGGUGGAUUGUCUCCUCUAAAUUUCCUCUAGCUGUGAAUGAGCAUAUGAAUGUGUGAAUGAUGGCCUGUGAUGGACUUGUGUCCCACCCAGAGCGCAUUCCCACCUUGCGCCCCGUGUCAAAACAGUAAAGCGCUUAAUGAACAAGAAUGAAUGAAUGAAUGAAGGAAGGAAGGAAGGAAGGAAGGAAGGAAUAUUAUUCAUAUCACUGACUGCACUCUUUAAUAUAUCACUUGACGUCAAAUAUCUUAGAGGACUCAUAUUUUGAAAUAUAAUGCUAUUAGUCCACUUUAGUUGUCUUCACACUGUUAUUGGUCGUCAGUUAUAUAAAAGUCACGUUAUAAAGUUAUUUCCCUGAUUUGCUAAAGUAGUUGCGUAAUUACAGUGUGAAAUGGCUGCUAGAGACAUGAGCAGAGAAGAUGCGCUGUCGCGACUGGACCACAAACACGCCUGUCACAUCCUGCUGUAUGCAGACAGCCAAGCUAAACUCUUCGGCAAAAUCCCAGUUAAACAUAUCGUGCUGAUGCAGAUGCGUUUUGAUGGCUUACUUGGUUUCCCAGGAGGGUUAGUUACACCUUCUGAGGAGAGUCUGGAGGCGGGGCUGAGCAGAGAGCUACAGGAGGAGUUGGGGGCAUCAGUGCCAGUGACCAUGGACGACUAUGUGUCCUCUCACCUUGCUCAGUCUCCUCCCCGCCUCAUCUUGCACUUCUAUAGCAAGAAGAUUAAAGAGGCUGAGCUGCUAGAGAUUGAGAGAGCUGCAGUUUUGAAUGCAGUGGAUCAUGGGUUAGAGGUGUUGGGUCUAACUAGAGUACCCCUCUAUACCUUGAGGAACGGUGGUGGUCUUCCUUGGUUCCUAUCUCACUCAUUCAUCAGCAACUCGCGAGCCCAGCUGCUGGAGGCACUGCGGCGUUUGGAUUUGGUGUCACCUCAGGCUCUGGAGGAAGCUGUAAAAAAGGCAGAGGAGAUGAGACACACAGUCAAAUCUGAUCCGCACUAACAUUAUCUCUGUGAACUUACUGUCAUCAAAAUGAGCAGAACAGCCCUACUGUUCCAGUCUUCUGCUUGGGAAAUGCUGGUCUUUUCUCCCUGGAUCUUUCUUUUGUCUUCAUGUCACUUUCCAUACUAAUGUAACUACUAAAAUGACCAGAAUCUAUCAGGAAUAAUUAGAGUUUAUUAAUCUAUGUACAUCCUUAUAUAAAAUGUUUGAUAUGUAUGCAUAUAAUGUAUAUGUAUGUGGAAAAAAACCCCAAAACAUUUAUUUACUUUUAUAUACACACAGUGGUGUAAAGAAGUAUUUGCCCCAUCCUGAUUUCUGUUUUUGUGUAAGAUUAAACAAAGUAAACACAAAAUACAGUUUUUAAAUGAUAAUGUUGUUUAUUGAAGAAAAAAGGUUUUCCAAUACCAACUGGGCCUGUGUGAAAAUAUAUUUGCUCCUGUAGUUACUAAUUCCCCAAAUCUAUGGAACUGCAUUCAUAAUGAGGUUCAUCUGGACUAGACACAACCAGGCCUGAUUACUGCAAACCCAGUUCUGUCAAAUCCAACAUUUGGUUAAAAUGUCUUAACCAGUAACGCACUAUGCCAAAAAAUGAAAGAAAUUCCAGAAAUGAUGAGGAAGAAGGUGAUUGAAAUACAUCAGUCUGGCUAUUUCAAAGGCUCUGGUACCCCAAAGAUCCACAGUGAGAGUCUUUAUCUACAAAUGGAAAAACUCGGCACAGUAGUGAACCUUCCCAGAAGUGGCCGACCUUCCAAAAUUCCUCCAAGAGCACAGCAACUACUCAUCCAGGAAGUCACAAAAGAGCCAAGGACAACAUCAAAGGAUCUACAGGCCUCUCUUGCAUCAAUAAAGGUCACUGUUCAUGACUCCACUAUCAGAAAGACACUGGGCAAAAAUGGCAUCCGUGGAACAGUGGUGAGGGGAAAGCCACUGCUAACCCAGAAGAACAUUAAGGCUCGUCUGAAUUUUGUCAAAACACACCUUGAUGAUCCUCAAACACUUUGGGAGAAUGUUCUGUAGACUAAGGAGUCAAAAGUGGAACUGUUUGGAAGACAGGGUUCCUGUUCCAUCUGGCGUAAAACAAACACAGAAUUCCUCAAAAAGAACAUCAUACCUAUGGUCAAGCAUGGUGGUGGCAGUGUGAAGUUUUGGGGAUGCUUUGCUGCUUCAGGGCCUGGGCAAUACAAAACCAGAAGAUGUCAGGAUGGGACAAAUACUUUGAUUUGUAAAGCAGUGUGGGCCAUCUGCUGACCUGGGUCUUGAAUGGAAUGAAGUGACCUGCAGUAAAGUCUUCAGUUUGAGAAUUGUGGUUUAUUUUAAGGGAAUAAGCUUUUUGGCUUGAUUCCUUAUAAGUGCUCAGAAAUAAAACAGCUGGGCUUUUUGACCUCUGGAAUGUUAAUGUAACUGCUUGGAAGUGUGAAUGCAGAAAUAAAUUGAUGCUCAUGUAAUUUGUGUAUUUAAUUUCUGCUAAACUCCAGACCAGGCCAGAAAAGGUUUGUUG